CAGCUAGGCUGCAGCGGUGACUUCGGGUAGAAAUGCUGUGUCGUGUUGGGAGUUGGGAAACCGCCAGACUAGGGAAGCUUUCGGCAGUCUCCUUGAGUGUUUACUGAGCACCCUCUGAGGAAGAGGGUGACUCAGUCUGACUAACCUCAGCCCUCCAGGUGCUCACUGUGACACCUGAAGAUGGGAAAGAGUGUUGUGACAGGGAGAGUUCAAGCUGAAGCUCAGAGAGGCUGUUUCUGACGAAGUCCAGAUUCAAGGUUGCACCGGAACAUUUUCUUACUCUGUUAGGGGAUCUACACUGGAAACAUCUCUGAAGCCCUCUCAGCAUCCCGUCUGUGGCCUACUACACAGUUGCACUUAACUUUCACAAAAAGGAGUACACAGAAUAGCUGCAUAAGGCCAAUCCCGAACUUAAUGAAGGAUGUCAGAGUGGGAGCAUUCUGAUGUGCCAGUGUCCUCAUUCUGCAAUGUGUUCCGUUUUCUCCCCUUUCCGAAAAAAAAGGUAUUAAAAUAUUUUGUGAAAUAAGAAGCUCCUUUUACAUUUUUAAUGACCAACAUGGACAUCUGUUCUACAGAAUACAAAGUCCUAUGGUCUUGAAGAAGGAAGCACCCAUUUAAAACUGACCCUAAAUGAAGACAGACCUGAAUGGACGUCAGAAUGUUUGUUAGUGGCAGGAGAGUAAAAAAAUGGCAAUUUAUUCAGUUAUUUGCCACUUGUUUUGUACUAAGCCUCAUGUUCUUCUGGAUAUCGAUCGAUAACCACAUCGUGAGCCAUAUGAAGUCCUACUCUUACAGAUACCUCAUAAAUAGCUACGACUUUGUGAAUGAUAGCCUGUCUCUUAAGCACAGCGAGGAUGGGGCUCCUCGCUACCAGUACUUGAUUAACCAUGAGGAGAAGUGUCAAACACAAGACGUCCUGCUCUUACUGUUUGUAAAGACUGCUCCUGAAAACUACAAUCGCCGUUCUGCCAUUAGGAAAACAUGGGGCAAUGAGAAGUAUGUUCGCUCUCAACUUAACGCCAACAUUAAAACUCUGUUUGUCUUAGGAACACCUUCUGACCCACUGACAAGAGAAAGACUUCAAAGAAGACUGGUUUGGGAAGAUCAGAUGUACAAUGAUAUAAUUCAGCAAGACUUUGCUGAUUCUUUCUAUAAUCUUACUCUUAAAUUUCUUCUGCAGUUCAGUUGGGCAAAUAGCUUUUGUCCACAUGCCAAAUUCCUUAUGACUGCUGAUGAUGACAUAUUUAUUCACAUGCCAAAUCUUAUUGAAUACCUUCAAAGUUUAGAACGAAUUGGUGUUCAAGACUUUUGGAUUGGUCGUGUUCAUCGUGGUGCCCCUCCCGUCAGAGACAAAAGCAGCAAAUACUAUGUCUCCUAUGAAAUGUACCAGUGGCCGGCUUACCCUGACUAUACUGCAGGAGCCGCCUACGUGAUCUCUGGUGAUGUAGCUGCCAAAGUCUACGAGGCAUCACAGACACUUAACUCUAGUCUUUACAUAGACGAUGUGUUCAUGGGCCUCUGUGCCAAUAAAAUAGGGAUAGUACCACAAUACCAUGUGUUUUUCUCCGGGGAAGGUAAAACUCCUUAUCAUCCCUGCAUCUAUGAAAAAAUGAUGACAUCUCAUGGGCAUGUAGAAGACCUUCAGGACCUUUGGAAGGAUGCCACAGACCCAAGAGUAAAAAUGAUUUCAAAAGGUUUCUUUGGUCAAAUAUACUGCAGAAUAAUUAAGAUAGUCCUCCUCUGCAAACUGACCUAUGUGGAUACGUAUCCGUGUAGGGCUGCCUUUGCCUAAUAGUACUUGAAUGUUGUAUGUUUUCACUGUCACUGAGCCAGACGUGGAUGAAAAACCUUUAAAUGU